CUUCUACACCUCUCCACACCUGAUGUUUUCUUUGCAUCAGAUGCUUUGAGGUUGGCCAGUUCGGUAUUUGUGCGCACAGAAAGCCGUCAUGUGCUCAAGCCACGCCGCAACCCUGCGUGGACCGCAUGUCCUCUGAUGUGAACCACACUAAAAAGUGUUUGCAAGACCUGAUCACCUAUCGGCGCUAUGCAGCUCUUUCCUCUCAGCAGAACUUCGGAUUGUUGCAUGCAAAGUGCGGGAGAUUCAGGAUGGCAACCAUGAUGAGCACCAGCUUCCCAAGCAUGUUUCCAUCAGGGGUGAGGACCGCGUAGAACGCAGCUAUGACACCGUCAAGGUGGAGAGGCGGAAGAAUUCUAUUACUCGCCCAUGGAUGCUCAAGUUGAGCAGGUCUGGGUCAAGCCAGAGGACAUUGGCCGCGAAGCCUGUGCCAUGGAAGUCAUUGCCAGUUUGAACCAGGAGUGGGAGGCAGGUGGCAUCAAGGCAUGUGGCCAGAAAGUGCAUGCAAAGACCUACCGAAUGCUGCUGGCAGGACACGAUGAUAGUUUGGUUGAGGUCGCGGAGAAGUGUGUGACGCUUGGAAAGCUGAAAAGGACAAGUGGCACGAUGAGCAACAUCAUCAACAGUAUCAUCCAAAGUGAUUCAAGGCCUGGCACGAGGGCUCGGCGAUACUUGCAGAAUGACAGCACCCGACUUGACAAGCUGGCUGCUUCCACAGCUGCUUUCCUUGCGUGCUCAUACCUCCUGGGCAUAGGAGAUGGACAUGGUGACAACUUGAUGCUCACCGAAGAUGGCGAGCUCUUCCGCAUUGAUUUUGGCUUUCUCUUCGGAGCGGGGCCCUUGGGGCCUGAUGCUCCAGCUGUUUGGCUGCCAUGGACAGUGCAGGAGGCCUUGGGACCCCGGAUGCACGAAGUGAUCGAAGCUGCUCGGGAAGCGGUGAGAACCGUGCUGUGCAGACCAGGUGUGCUCAAGGCAUCGGUGUUUGCGGCGGCUUUUGCGGGACAUCCGAGCCCUGAAGCAUACGUCGCAGGUUUGAGUCUCGAAGACUUCAAUCAGAAGGUCAGCAGUCUUGGAACCUUUGGUCUCUUCAAGUCGGCGAAGGACCUGUUCCACGAUGUGGCCUAUUGUGGAAUUCCAAGGUGGCCUCAGAGGCCAGAAAUCAACACAAAGUCUCCAGCAGCUUUGGCUUUCCUUAUGUCAAGGUCUGAUGCAGACAUAUGCACACCAGAAUCAUUAGUUCGCCGAAGGUAAAGCAAGCCUGCAUGAAUUGACAGAAGGUGCUGACGAUAUUUUUCUCGCCUUCCUAGCUGGGAGCUGUUGUGCAGCAACUUGCGCGUGACCACGGGCUUUUACACAAAAAUGGCCCGCUGGAUCGGGACACUUGGAACCAAUUGAUGGAAGAAGUUGAAUCAGAUCCUCAUGUGCGCAUGCACGAGAUGUAUGAAUGGAUGGUCGAAUGCAUGCAUGAUAGGGUAAGGGAAGUGCAGCAAGUAGUGGCCGAGUGGAUGCAUGUUGAUUGUCAAGAGGUGUGGGAGUGCUUGCAAGAACAACUGGGCAACGGUGAAGUUCUGCAACACCUUUCUGGUGCCACUUGGAUCCUUCUGGCGUGGAGGGUCAUCAAUGCUUCUUGGUGUUGGUGCAGUGGCAGCAUUGACAACAAAGACCUAGCAGAGCUUUUUUUGGCCGCAGUGUUGUCCAAAGGUGUGACAACCAUCGGAGCCCUUCUAGCCAUAGCCACACCCCUGGGAUGUUGGGCUUCCCGGAGCCUCUUGCAAUUCGUCGUGGGAACAGGACAGAGCCGAUCUCUCGAGAAAGCUCUAGCAGUUUUGGACUUGCCAGUGAGCUCCAGCCUGUGGCAAGUUGAGGAGCGGUAUGUGGAACUUUGCCAUUCUCCUGGCGGUUUCGACAAUGACCAGCUCAAAAAAGUCCACAUAGCCUUCUUUCAAGCAAGCGACUUUCUGAUGAGAAUCAAAACAAACUGAAGCGGUGCAAAGACGUGCUGCCGAGUUGGUGAAUAAUUCAGGAAUGAAACAUUUGGUCGCAGUGUCUGCAGCGUAGACCUAGAAGGUCUUUUGCAUCUUCUUGUUCUCUAAGGUACCGUGGC